AUGCAGGUUCUCGGGUGGACCAUAGUUCUCCUGUGCCAGUGGAUCCUACGGAAGGUCCAAGGGUUGGAGAAGCAGGUGGAGUUCUCAGACCUGCGCCCAGUGGGGUCGGUGAUGAAGACUCUUCCAUACGGCAUGGGUGGAGGUGCAGUGGGAGGAACGACAGGGGGAGUGGUUAAGCCACCAUACCAAACACGUAUCUUCUCCACCUCCAUCGACCAGACACCCAUGAAAUCCAAGCCGCCCACCUACAGUUUCUUCAACCCGUACGACACAGCCCGAAACCAGUCCCUGCUCCUGGACCAGACAGGAUACCGCUCUAAGCGCAAGCCCUCGCUAAAAACAGCCAUGAAGACCAAGAAGAUCUUCGGCUGGGGAGACUUCUACUUCAACGUCAAGACCAUGAAGUUCAGCCUGUUGGUGACGGGGAAGAUCGUGGACCACAUCAACGGGACGUUCACCGUUUACUUCCGCCACAACUCGUCCAGCCUGGGAAAUGUCUCGGUCAGUAUUGUGCCGCCGACCAAAGUGGUGGAGUUUGAGGUACUCCAGCAACAGCAGCUGCACCCUCACACCCAGCAGGACAUCCAGAUCCAAGAGACCCAGCAGUCCACCAUCGACCCCAAAGAGACAAAGACCUUUAACUGUCGGGUAGAGUACGAGAAAACCAACAGAUCCAAGAAGCCCAAACCCUGCCUGUACGAUCCUUCUCAGACCUGCUUCACAGAGCACACCCAGUCCCACGCCGCCUGGCUGUGCGCCAAACCCUUCAAGGUGAUCUGCAUCUUCAUCUCUUUCUUCAGCAUCGACUACAAGCUGGUUCAAAAAGUGUGUCCGGACUACAACUUCCAAAGUGAGCACCCUUACUUUGGAUAAAGAAAGUGAGGCUGAACUGCAAAGAGGAAAAAAAAAAAAGAGACAAUGUUAAUGACCAUGAUGAUGAUUAUAAUGAUGGGAAUCAUAGUCAUAUUGAUUACGAUGAAGAAGCAGGGGACAGUUUUUUUGCCUCUAAACUGCUGUGAAUUGUGGAUUUAAAUCAAGUAUAAUCAGAGUUAUGGAUGGUUAGGAUAUGGCUGAUUUCUCUGACUUAUUUUCCAACUUUGUAUUCGUUAACUUCUGUUUUUAUUUGCUUUUUUCUGUAAAUAAUGUACUCAACCUCAGCACACUUAUUGUUUUUAGAUAUUUGUUUCUCAGUGUUAUUACUUUUUGCAGUUGGAGAAUUCGGUUGAAAACAGCUGGAGUCAGUAUUAUGCCCUCGGAGUACAAAGGGAGCCUCUGAGGCGGCUGUGCUGUGCCAUCACUGUAUGGCAGACGUAAUGUUAUGGUAGACUGACUGUUAAUCAUCCUCUCAGCUCUACGUUUCUAA